AUGACGCAAGAAACGCACGCGUGGAUGGCGAAUGACCACAUCAUUCCACACAUUCCACCAAGUAGUCCCCAUUUCGAUGGAUUAUGGGACGCCGGAGUCAAAUCUGUGAAACGACAUCUCUUGAAAACCUUUGAAGAAUCCCUUCUACACAUCGAAGAGAUGUACACCGCCCUCGCUCAAGUCGAAACAUGCUUAAACAGCAGGCAUUUAGCACCGUUAAGUAGUGAUGCGAGCGGCGAAGAUGCGCUCACUCUUGCACACUUCCUAAGCGGAAGUUUUAUGUUUGCACUACCAGAUAAAACACCGGAAAAUGUCAAGGAACUACGACGGUGGCAGCUAACACAAAAAGUGUCAACUGAAUUCUGGAACCGAUGGCAUCAAGAAUACCCGUCCAGAUUACAGGAACGUCCAAAAUGGUAA